AUGAUAUUUCGCACCAUUCAGCAAGAAGCCACAUCCCAUUCACUGGCGCAUGCAAAAUGCUUGCAACGUUGUUCAUGUCUUAAUACAACACACUCAGAAAUUAAUGGGCAAUGUAUCGAAGCAUUGGCCGAUAAUUAUGACGAAAACGAAAAUGGAAAUUUGCAAGAACAAUCUUAUAAGCUGAACAAAUUCAUAAUUGACUUCGAAUGUCGUUUGGUCGGUAGUGGUUGUGGAAAAAAUAUGGUGCUCGAAAUAGUAUCAAAGGUUAAUGGAUAUUGCAUCGACAAAUGUGUUUGUGCGGAUAAUUUUGUGGAAAAUGAUGUAGAAUGCAUCCAAUGUGACUGGGAGGAGGAUGAUAAUGAUAAUAAUGAUAAUUAUAAUUCAACGAGCAAAGAGAUAGAAAUGAGUUGUUUUCGUGGUGGAAAGUGCGAUCUAUACGAAAUAUUUUACGAUAUAGAAUGCAUACAAGAGGGACAUUCCUGUGGACCAAAUAUGGAACUAAUUAUUAUUGACAAAAGGCUUUCUUCCACAAACCAACGUCGGAAAUGUAUUAUGCAAUGCCAGUGUGUGCAUGGAUAUAUCGAAUCAAACGGUCGAUGCACUGAAAUAACCAAAAAUAUGAAGGAAAGAACCACUUGCAUACAAGGAGGUUGCACCCUCAAUGAAGCAGUUCAAGACAAGGAAAGAAUUAUUUGCAUGCGAGGAGUAUGCGCUCUUAAUGAAAUAGUUCGUGACAUUAGUUGUUCAUUAAAUGGUCGCUUCUGUGGACAAAACAUGGCAUUCGUUCUAAUUAAACGAUCCGAGCGCCGCCAACAUUAUAUUUGCAUUAUGCAGUGCAAGUGUGCAGAGGGUUAUGAUGAAGAAAAUGGCCAAUGUAUCAGAGAACAUGGAAAAAUGAGUAGAAUAAAGAAUAUUUGCUUGGAAAACGGCUGUGAGGUUGGGAUGACAAUUCAUGAUGAAGGAUGCCACUUGACUGGAGAAAAAUGUGGAAACAAUAUGAUAUUCAUGGUGGUCAGUGGUGGAUUUCGCGAUAGAACAUAUUCGAUUUAUUGCACACAGCGAUGUAAUUGCAUAAAUUCUGAUUUCAUAUAUUCUAAAAAAAAUUCUGGCUGCGAGGAGAAAACUAUCGAUGAUUUAUCGAGUACCACUUCGCAUGACACCAUUACUACAGGAAUGCACGAUUUUGAAAUGUAUAUAGUAAAAAAAUACCAUCUUGACGAAGAAAUUUCUGAUCUCGGUUGUCGUUUAAGAAAUCUUGAAUGUGGAAUCAAUAAGAAAUUUAUGGUUGUUAAAGAAUUUUCCGCCGAACACGAUCCAAAUAUUAAAGGAUGCAUCGUACGCUGUAGUUGUAUAGUGGAGGGAUUUGAUGGUUGCAUGCAAAGUUUUUAA